ACUUCUGCACUAGUGCAACAAGUUAGAAUGAAACAAGUAUAUUUUCUUUCGCUCUAACUUAUUCUAUUAGUUGUUCUCUGAAAACGAACAAACCUACGAUGGUACCGUUGACAUCGCCGUCGCGGGCGACCGCGACAAUGGUGAACAACAACACGGAAUAUUACAGCUUUUAUGUGAAUGUGUAUAUCGGAAAAUUCACCGAGAAUAAGGAACACCUACUUAUCCCAUCAGGACAGUUUCUCACCCAGGACAAUUUGCGACAGAAACUGUAUGACAACUUUGGAAUUGGAAGAGACAGUCGUAUUUCCUAUAUUGAUGAUGAUGGUGACGAUCUUCCAAUAGACUCAGAAUACGAAUUUCAGGAGGCAUUAAAGCUUGCAAAAACUUCCUCACCAAGUAAAGGACUUGUAUUGGUCGUGCGACCUUGGAAACUUAUUGAAUCAAAUAGUAUUUCAGACAUGGAACAAUGUGAUGUAAUAAAGCAAGAACGAGAUGUGCAGAACACCAUGAAGAUGAUGUUUAGUUGUAUUUCAAAUAUAAGCACCAUGACACAAUCCAUGACAAAUAUGGUCAUCGAGAUGAAUGAGAGGCAGCGGAGAUUUAUAGUUCCAAGUGACACGCAGUUCCAAGUUGACGACUCAAACGCUUCGUCGCGACAGCAAUCGUCAAAAGUUUUGCACGCGGAUACUUCACCUCCUCCAUGGUUCAUAGAGUAUAUGGAAUCUAUGAAGAAGGAAAUAGUGUCUACAGUCACUCAAGAAGUUGUGAAGCAAAUGACGGAAAUGCUAAACAAACGUAAUAAACGCAUUAAGUCUUUUUUAUCCAAUGAAACCAAACAAUCUAAAAGACGAUCACAUUCUUCUCUCUCAAAACGAUAUCCUCGAUGCUUCUUCGAUCCGCAAUCAAAAGAGAAAAACCAGAAGAGAAUGAAUGCCCAAGACGAGGGACAUUUUAGUGAUGCUUCGAUCGAACGGGUGGAUGAACCACAGGAUUCGAACGUGAACGCGAAGGAUCAUGAUCGACAGUUGCAUCUGACGAAGUUGUAUUUACGUGAUCUUGACGGUAUCAAGGGUCAGCUCCACAAAAUCCUGAAGGAGAAACGAUAUUACCGAGAUGAUGAGAUGACCAAUAAUCUAGAUAUGGAUACCAACAAUAAACAGGAACGCAGGCAAUCUAUUCAGAACGUUAACAAUAACAACGUGCAGGAAGAUAUUACAUCUCCAAUUUGCAAUAUGACUUCUGACGCGCUAAAGAUCCUCGAUGGUGAGCUUCGUAUGAAUUGUUCCAUCACGGGUAACCGAGCUCUGAACAUUGAUUCAUUCCACGAAAAUACUUGGUGUGAUGAUCUUAUGGAAGACAUCGAUAAGAUCAGUUACUGCUCUGGCUGUUCUAUCGCGGCAGACGAGCGAGAGCACGUGGAUACUUUCGUGAUAGUUGAGAUGCCUAUGUCAGAGAAUGCGAAUCCAUCACUCACACAGCCCAACACAUCCUCCGCUACCGAACUACAACACCGUGAUAGUCGAGACUCGCCCAGUUUCGAAUUAUUGUCUGAGACAUCCUCACCGCGCUCCUCCUUGUAUGUUAAAGAGGGGCAUUUUGUGAACGUCUUCUCGGCACAGGAGACUAAUCUGCAGAUGCCUGUGGAGAAUCCAAAUCCAGCGGUGAGCUCAACCUACAUGGUGGACAUUCACGGCAAAAUCUACAAUGAGUACUUACCGACGACUCCCGACACAAAUGUUGAAUUCGAGAAACGAUCUGAUGGAGUCUAUUCCUUCGUGACGGAGACCUUGCCGGUGCGAGAAGCCGACUCUUCAAAGUCUGCAAAUGCACAGCAGCAAACGUUCAGCGAACAAAAGAACUCGCAGUACAACGCGACAAGCUCAAACGAUGACGAGCGAAAUCAACUUCCAAGCUAUUCGAGAGUAGUAGGUGAUCAGCAUCAAUCGUCUGCAGAAACGUUCUAUUGGAGGACGCAUUCGCAAUCAAAGAUUGAUACAAACGACUUCAUGCAGAGUUUUCACUCGCACACCACAUCGGUUACUGACAACAAUAACGAUCUUUUUGAUAAGACUAAGAAUAUUCAGACAGCGACUAUGACUUCAGGAAAAGCUACAAGACAUUCCGUUCAUGAUAAAAGAAGCAGUAAGAUUAAAGCGGACGAAACACGUAAUGACUCAGAUAAAUUUAAUCGAUCGCAACAGUCAAGUCGAACGAGUGGAUCUAACGGGUGCUCUAAUGAGUCGAGGAGAACGUUUGGCGAACAGUUACCAAAUUCCACCGCUGAUCCUGUUCUUAUCCUGCCAGAGACGCUGCUUACCAUGGCCGCGCAAGUGGGAUCAAUUGCUUACGUCACCGCGCGUGAUAUGUUCGACAAACUGCGUUCACACGCGAAGGAGGAUCCUGUUAAACGCCGACGCAUGAAAUUAAACACCGCUACAGAUAAUUGCUCUUCUUCGUCGGCAACGCGUCGUCCUGCUAAUCAAUCAUAAUCAGUAUCUCAUAUUUAUAGUUGAUAGAUUCUACUUUAGGCAAGAUUGCUAGGUAGGCACGCGUUAGACGAGUAUGGUAAACGUAAAAGAAAUUAUUCGAUAGCAUUCUCGAUUCAUUGUUUUUCGCAGAUAUCAUCAAGUACGAUAUAAUCGUAAAGUACGAUGUGCAAUUCAUUCGCAGCAUUGGGUUUAAUUCUGCGCGGUGAUAUAAUUGAUAUUCGUAUAUCGAUAAUUAUUAAUCAAUUUAGUUGGUAGAGUGGUAUGCAGAGUGGUGUCUCAUUGCUAGCUAGGAUGAAAUUUUAACGGCAUCAAAUCGACAAUGACAACCAAAAUAAACAUGUAGAGCAUCGAGACACUUUAAGGGUCGUCUAUAAUACAUGGAGUCAUAAUAGUGUAUGAAGUAACAGUAGCAAAAAUUAAAUUAAUUUCUUUUAUUUGUAUGUGUGUGCGUGCGUGCGUGCGUGCGUGUAGGGGAGCUGAAGUAUAGGCGUAAACGAGAUAUAUAUUAUUUUUAUUUCUUCUUACUAUUCCUACUCCUUACGCUGAGCUUAUUUCACGUAUUGUAGAUAGCCACUUAUAGCAGAGCUCAACACGCGUUGCACAUUUCGAUCGAUUUUCAAUUUGUUUUGCCUAGCGCUAUCCCCUUAUCUUAUCAUCCCGCAUGCAACGCGAGUUGUAUAUUAUUUGUAAACAUAUGUUUGUAAUAGUUUUUCAUUUCAAGUUUGCAAGUCAUACGCUUCUGAAUUUCGAGCGACUCGUUGGAUACAUGCGGGACGAUGAGGUAAGGGGUAUAGCGCUAGGCGAAGCAAGUCGAAAAAGGAUCAAAAUGUAUAACGCGUGUCGAGUUUUGCCUUACAGAUACAAGUGAUUUUUAAUUGCGUACAAUAGGUAAAUGUAUGGUGUUCUGAAAGAAGAAGCUAGAAUACCGCAGUUAAACACCAUACUUCUAUUUGACGCAUGAAAUUAAGAGUCAUUGUGUAUCAUGAUUAGUACUUGUAGUGGUUCAUGUUAUAUAGAAAAUUUGAAAACUGGCUGUAUUAAAAUUAAUGAAAUUAACAAACGUGACGAGAAACAGCGAGAUAAAAAAGGAGAUGAGAAAGUAGCAUAUAGAUGUGAUUAGUUUCAAAUUAGUAAGAAAGGAAGAAAGUUCGCGGAUUUACGAUAGAAAUUGUAAGAUUUCUCGAGAUAAAGAUUUUUUUUAAUAUGAA